AUGGCUACCGCACCGACACCAAACCAUGGGGCAUCGAUCCCAGAUACCGUCGCUUUGGCGGAUACGGAGUCGCAGUCAGCUUGGCUCGCGAAGCAACAAAUCAACCCCACAGACCGCGUUCAUCUGCAAAGGCUAGGUCAUAUGCGAUAUCAGCACCCGUCUCUGGAUGAGAUCGAGCGUUUCAUGCUGGAUUUUGGAAUGCAGAUUGCGAAGAAAACAGAGGAGGAGAUCUGGUUCAAAGGCUAUGGCCCCGAUCCGUAUGUCUACUAUGCCCGCAAGGGGCCUAAGAAGUUUCUGGGUGGUGCUUUUGUAGCGCAGAGCCAAGAGGAAUUUGAUAAGGCUUCGAAGCUCCCGACUGCUGGUCCCGUCCAAGAUCUAGGCGACGCGCCUGGUGGAGGUUCUAUCGUGACCAUCACUGAUCCAGAGGGUUUCCCUUUUAAUGUUGUCUAUGGGCAAACAACACCCGCGGCCGAGACAAAAUACCCCGAACAUAUUAUCUUGAAUUACACAGACGAGAAAUCUCGUCAGCGAAAGUUCAACCGAUUCGAAACUGGGCCUGCUGCUGUUCAUAAGCUGGGCCACUUCGGACUCUGUACACAGCAGUUUGACACAUUGCUGAGUUUCUACACUUCAACCUUCAACAUCGUCCCGACAGACCUUCUGUAUGUUGAGAAGGACAACAAAAGACAGAUCGUCACCAUGUUCGCCCACAUUGAUCUCGGAGAAGCUAUGUCAGAUCACCAUUCAUUCUUCCUGAGCGCGAAUCCUCAAGCAGCCCAUGUCCAUCACUGCUCCUUUGAGGUCCACGAUUAUGACACGCAACACCUGGGCCAUCAAUGGCUUGCUCAGAAGGGCUAUAAGUCAGUCUGGGGAAUUGGUCGCCACGUUCUGGGAUCGCAGAUUUUCGACUACUGGUGGGACACCACUGGAAAUAUGGUUGAGCACUACGCCGAUGGAGACCUGGUCAACAAACAUACGCCAGUGGGAUAUGUACAGGCUGGGUCGGAGUCAUUGGCUGUUUGGGGCCCUGACGUUCCUGCUGCAUUUUUGGCAUUGGAGGAUCGCAACAACGAACCCAUCAUGUCCGUGUUCAAGAGAUUGGUUCGCUUUAACUACCGCACACGGGUCCAUUAUGGUGAUCUUAUGAACGUGGUCGGAAAUAAAUACACAGUUAGGAGAUUGGAGGGGAAUCUUUCUACCAGUUUCAAGAAGACAGAAGAUAUUCUAACGGUUGGCUCGCUCGAAUGCCCAAUCGAAAGCACGCCCAUCGUGCAAUGCAUCGGGGUAAAUUACAGACAGCACGCAACGGAAGCAAACUUACCCAUUCCCAAAUAUCCAGUCGUCUUCACCAAGCCAGCAGAUUCGCUCGCCGGGCCGUUUGAGACGAUCGAAAUCCACCCCGACGCGCGCGAUCAACUUGACUUCGAGGGUGAAUUGGCCGUUGUCAUUGGGAAAGAUGCGAAGAAUGUUGAGGAAUCUGAAGCCCUAGACUACGUCCUGGGAUAUACAGCUGGGAAUGACCUUUCUGCACGAAACUUCCAGUUGCCAGAGGCCAGCGGUGGCCAAUUUUGCUUUGCCAAAUCGAUGGACAAAUUCGCACCAAUUGGCCAUACCAUCGUCGCAGCGCACGAGAUUGUCGACCCCCAAGCGCUGAAAUUGAUUACCAGGGUCAAUGGCGUGGUGAAGCAGGAGACCAGUACUGGGGACAUGAUCUGGACCGUUCGGCAGAUCAUCAGUCAUCUGUCUCGUGGGACGACUCUCCGUAGGGGCACCAUCAUCAUGACUGGAACCCCAUCUGGGGUAGGCUUCUUCCGAAAGGAGUUCCUCCAACAUUCUGACGUCGUCGAGGUGGAGAUUGAAGGGUUCGCUGCAACUAAGAACCGUAUUGCACACUACUAA